AAGAAUAAAAAAUCCGUUGAACCCCGGAGGUGGUAGUCGCACUGUCUCGCUAUUAUCGAAGGGAAGUUAGACAAACUUCCGAUGGCGGGAGUGCCAAACUGACCAACCCAUCGCUUCUUUCCCGGCUUUUGAUGUAGAUCAUCAAUCUGUCCAAUCCUGGCUGUUCAUCUUCAACCUUUCUUCCAAUAUCGGCCCGCUGUCCGCGGUGGGGGCUCCGCCUGAACUCUGCCCUCCCCUGUCUGAUCUCCCUGUCGCCGUCAGAUCUUGGAGUUCGAUAAUAAAACAUGACAUGGAUGGAAUGACUGGCUUGUCUGAUUUACGAAGUUUAUUUUUAGGUUACAUUUCCAAUGUAGAGGUUUGACCAUGUGUAAUAAGCGUUACAAAUAACGCUGCUCCAAUGUGAGAACUGUUGGGGGAUUUCAGAUCUUACCAACUUGACUAUGAUUUUUCAAGGCACAAACUCUUCUCUGCAACAUCAAGUGCCAGCAUCUGAGUUCAGUGUUUGCUUGAGAGAGGAACUCUCUGCCACUGUCACCUCCGCUGCUGGCUUUGAAGUUUGCAUCUUCUCCUUUUCCUUCCACGUAUCCUGAUCUGGAAACCUGUUUGCAUGCUGAGAUGGCUGUUGCGACCUUUAAAGGACCCCCUAAUGGUGAGUGUUGUGGGAACAAGAGAAUGGAAAGAAAGCCUUCUGGAAAGAGGCGAGUAUUCGUGCAGACUGAAAGUGGCUGCGUUUUGGGAAUAGAGUUAGAUAGAAGUGACAAUGCCCAUACUGUGAAGACUAAGCUACGACUUGCAUUAAAUGUUCCAACCGAGGAAAGUUCACUUAUAUGUGGUGAUAUGGUCUUGAAAAAUGAUCUGAGUGAAGUUAGAAAUGAUUCUCCGCUUCUUCUCACCAGGAACUUUUUGCAUAGGAGCUCAUCUACCCCAUGUCUGUCACCUACUGGUAGAGAUCUUCAGCAGAGAGAUCAGAGUGGACCAAUUGAGAUAUUAGGUUACUCAGAUCAAUUUGGUAAAACAAAACAACUGGUUGAUGAUAUUAUGAAGGGAUUAAGGUUUGGUGUUGAACCAAUCCCCAUUCAGAGUGGACUAGGAGGUGCGUAUUAUUUUAGGAACUGCCAUGGUGAAAAUAUUGCUAUUGUGAAACCAGCAGAUGAGGAACCUUAUGCACCAAACAACCCAAAAGGCUUUGUUGGCCUAGCCCUUGGACAGCCAGGAUUGAAACGUUCUGUGCGUGUUGGGGAGACAGGUUUUAGAGAAGUCUCAGCUUACCUUCUUGACCAUGAUAAUUUUGCUGACGUGCCACCCACUGCCCUCGUGAAAAUCACACAUUCUAUAUUUAACAUAAAUGAUGGGGUAAAUGGUAUGCAUCGAAAAAAACAGCAGAUCAGUAAGAUAGCAUCACUACAACAGUACAUUCCUCAUGAUUUUGAUGCGAGUGAUCAUGGAACUUCUAGUUUUCCUGUUUCUGCCGUGCAUAGGAUUGGGAUCUUAGACAUACGAAUGUUUAACACUGACAGACAUGCAGGAAAUCUUUUGGUCAGGAAGCUUGAUGAGGGAAGUUUUGGCCAGGUGGAGCUUGUUCCUAUUGAUCAUGGCCUUUGCCUACCUGAAAGCUUGGAAGAUCCUUAUUUUGAGUGGAUCCAUUGGCCACAGGCAUCAAUUCCCUUCUCAGAAGAUGAGCUGAAUUAUAUAUAUAAUCUAGACCCAUUUCGUGACUCAGAAUUACUGAGGAUGGAAUUGCCUGUUAUUCGAGAAGCAUGCUUGCGGAUUUUGGUUCUUUGUACAAUCUUCCUUAAGGAGGCAGCAGCCUUCGGUCUUUGUCUAGCUGAAAUUGGUGACGUGAUGAGCAGGGAAUUUAACGGCCACGAUGAAGAGCCCAGUGAGCUUGAGCUUAUAUGUAUUGAAGCAAGGGAACUGUUAGAUCGGGAAGAAUUCUCUUCUCCUGUGGCAGAAGUAGGAGACAAAGACGUGAUUCAGUUUCAUAUAGACUGUGAGGAUCAUGAUCUGGACUAUACUGCAAAUUUAGAGGAGCAACUGACAGAAAGCUCAGGUGAACGUGGAACCAGGUUUAGAAAUGGCAGAAACCCUUUUUCUUCUGAACUGGAGGAGAUUUUAAUGGAGGACGAAGGAGAGAAUGAAGGGGAGGAGUUGCCCUCAAGGUCUGAUGAAUACACUGUUCCUGAAGAAAAUUGGGCGCCUAAUAUUUCGAAGUUGUUGGUGUCUAUGAGAAACACUACUGUCGGUGAAAAAAGUUGGCAGCACCAGGGUGUAAAGCAAAAGACUGGCUGUUUGGCCAGCACAUCAUCUGGAAACAGGAGUGUGAAUGAGUUGCCUGCAAAUAGUAGUUUUGUGAAGCUAUCGGAUUUGGAUGAAGAGAAGUGGAACCAUUUUCUCGAGAAUUUUCAGAGGUUGUUGAGUCCAGCUUUUGUUAGUCGCAAGCGACGGCUUGUGGGCCAGAGGCAGAGGCUUGGAACUUCGUGCCAAUUUUAGGGGCAUCAUCCAUUUAAAUUAUGGUGGGAACCAUUAAAAUUCUAAAUAAAGAAUUCGAUGUGUCAGGUGAUAGCCUGAACUAUAGACAUAAAGAGAUGCAGAAGAUUUAUUUCCGUGUUCUGAGCAGGAGUAUUUAGUUGCCAUAUAAUAUGAAUAGGUUGGCGGAGAAAGCUCUUGCAUCAGCAUGUAGAGGUACCAAUAGAUGUGGAGAUUGUGUUCUCAAUAUGUUUCCUCUUUAUGUUCACUUGUUAGCAUGAUGAAUAAAUCAGAUCAUAGAGAUACACGAAAAUAAGUUUGCCUUGAUGCAAAUACAGUGUUUCUCUUGGGAAGCUAUAAACAGUUUGUGUGUUGCUAAAAUUCUUCCGUUGCCUUAAAUUAUUACUGCUACUAUAAAUUAUUUUGUGAGAUUUGAUUCCAUACUCAA